AUGGCUACCUGGCUUUCUUCAUGCGCCUUAUCCUUACUUUUACUGCAACUUUCUCUCCAACCAUCUCCAUUGCAUACCACUGAUUCCCUCACUGCGAACCAGCAGCUCUCUGGGGACCAGAAGCUUAUCUCUCAGAACGGCAAUUUUGCAUUGGGAUUCUUCCAACCUGCAGCUGAAACAUCAAGCGGAAAGUGGUACAUAGGCAUCUGGUGCAAUAAAAUCCCAGAACAGACUGUAGUGUGGGUGGCAAACAGAGAGAAACCAGUCUCUGAUCCACUCCUAUCAAGCCUAACUGUCUCAGAUGAUGGCAAUUUGGUUCUUCUACUAAACCAUUCUAAAUCUCCCCUCUGGUCUACCAAUAUCAAGAACAACACAGCUGCUAGUUCCACAGUGGUUGCGCUCCUUGGCAAUGGGAAUCUUGUAGUCCGACAUGAGGCUAAUACCUCUGCUGUGUUAUGGCAAAGUUUUGAUGAUUUCACAGACACAUGGCUCCCAGGAAACAAGCUCAGUCGUAACAAGAAAACUGGCAUCAUCAAACGGAUGAUCUCUUGGAAAGACCGUGGUGACCCAGCACAGAGGAUGUUCUCCAUUCAGUUAGAUCCUAAUGGCUCACUGCAAUAUAUUCUCCAAUGGAAUAGAUCAGUAGUGUACUGGACUACUGGCAACUGGAUUAAUAAUAGAUUCAGUGGUGUGCCCAAGAUGUCACCUCUCAAUCCCUAUCCCAGCUCAAGGUUUAUGUUCCAGUUUGUUGACAAUGAUGAGGAGGCAUAUUUCACAUACAAUAUUAAGGAUGAUGCAUUAAUAUUUACAAGAACGAUUAUUGAUGUGUCAUGUUUCAGACUUUGGUAUGGGCACAGGCACAACAAGCAUGGACAAAUUCUUUCACGAAACCAAAAUCCAAGUGCAGUGUUUAUGGUGUGUGUGGGGAAUACAGCACAUGUAGUGAGAAUGAUGCGUCACCAUGCAGUUGCCUCAAGGACUUCAGUGAGAAUCACCCAAACAACUGGAAACUAG